AUGGAAGACUCACUCUGCGAAGCUGUGGAGCCUUUUCAAGGUGGUGGGGAGCCAUAUGAUGCUCAGUGCGCCUUCCGAAUUGGUUGCCGCAACGCAUUUUCCCAUUAUGAGGGUUUUUGCAAGGAUUUCCGGAAUCGUGACGUGAUGGCCGAUCCGGUCCCGGACGCCGUCGAAUCACUUGAAGCAUGCCAAGCAGCCUGCAGGGCGGAUGAUGGCUGUGAAGGAGUCGAGUGGUAUCCAGACACACAAGGCUGGCAAAACCACAAAUGCCACAAGUUCCCGGGAACGCCUGGUUCUGGUGGCUCAUCCAGUAUGCAGGUGGUACAAGGCGGAGGCGAUUACCUGGAUGCACAAUGCUAUGUGCGGCACUGCUUUGGAGGAGUAGCACGACUCAGAAAUGAUCGGUGGCAGCACUUCACUGGCUAUUGCAGGGACAGGAGUGGAACCGAUGUCCAGGGAAAUCCAGUGAACUUGUCCGAAACACUGGAAGCUUGCCAAAGUGUUUGUUCUGAGGACCUUUCGUGCGAAGCUAUUGUGUGGUAUCCAGAGACUAGGGGAUAUGGAGAGGUGAAAUGUUGGAGGUAUCCACCUGCACCUGGAUCCACCCACAGUGGACGUGGUGACUCCACAGAGAUGCCGUCCCAGGGUGGUGGAAACUACUUGGAUGCGCAGUGUUACCUUCGCUUCGGUCCAGACAGCUUCACGCAUUUUGACGGUUUCUGUACGGACCGUGACGGUGUUGACGUGAUGGCAGAUGCGGUACCUAGUGCUGAGUCACUGGGAGCGUGCCAAGCAGUGUGCCUCUUAAAUGAGAGUUGCACUGGAAUCGAGUGGUAUCCUGGCUCGGGAGGCUGGCAAAACCACAAAUGCCACAAGUUCCCGGGAACGCCUGGUUCUGGUGGCUCAUCCAGUUUGCCGGUGGUACAAGGCGGAGGCGAUUACCUGGACGCACAAUGCUAUGUGCGGCCACACUCUGGGGCUGCCGUUUCAAUCAGCGUACCUGGGUGUAGGGUCAACGGAUGUCAACGGUCAGCAGGAACUCUUUGA